GAAGUCACGUGACGCGAUUGGGAUUCUGUCAUGUGAUGUUCCUGCUUUUGCAGCGAAGCGAUUUACAGUCCAGACAAACAAACCGCUUCUAAGACGAAACCCGCACUCAGAGAAGAGCCUGAACCUGCUGGACGGCUGUCAUGGGGUGCUGUUUCAGCAGCGAUAGCGAAACAUCGCAGCAGAAUGAAGAGGUGAAGCCAUUGAUUCCUGACCCAAACUUAAACAAAAUACCCACCAAUGGCUCGGAUCGAAACGCGGACAGCCUGCUGUCCAGCCGCACAGAUGAACAGGCCCUGCUCACGACCAUCCUGCAGCGGACAGCCCUGAACAUUAUUGAUGUGUCGGCUGUUGAUUCCCAAGGCAUGGAGCAACAUGAAUACAUGGACAGAGCCAGACAGUACAGCACCAAGCUGGAGGUCUUGAGCAGAACGUUGUCUCAGAAGAAACCCGUUCCUCUUCCGUCACUGAGCAGCCAACCUCACCAAGUGCUCGCCGCUGACCUGGUGUCAAACGCAGAUGUACAGCAGGUGUCUAAGAUCGCGGCGUACGCCUACAGCGCCAUCUCACAAAUCAAAGUAGAUGCCAAGGAAGAGCUGGUGGUGCAGUUUGCUAUACCAUGAUUCAGAAGUUGGACCUCCUUCUCCCCAGUUCCUCUGUUUCUGUCUCUUAUUCUUGCCCUUUUCACUCCUCCGUUGUCCUUCCAAACCUCUUGAAAUGCAGACGCACAUCUCGUUGUUCUCUGAAUGCGAUGCAGAUAAAUAUAAUUCACCCCAAUAAGAGCUCCUUGUGUAAAUCCGUCAGCCACCGAGAGGGUAAAAACAUCUGAUCUCCUUUUUUUUGGUCAAGUUGCAUUUGAUCAGUAACCUUUAGUUUUUCAUGCAUUCAUCAAACUCUUUUUCAACAAAUACACCACAAAUCUAUUUUUAGUUGUAUUUGUUCUAGUUGAUUCUUCUGUGGGCUUUUCAGUGUCCUGAUUGAAGCACAUCCAGACUUCUCUUCAAUUACUCUUAUACUAAAGUUAACUCUAUAUUUACUCGGUUUGGUUGGAUCAUCUUAACACAUAGGUUACGGUUCAGUUCAUUAAUUCUGGAAUCACUGUGUUUAGAGUUCAUUAUUUCUGAUUCAAUUUCAUAAUCGUAUGCAGUGAGGUUCCAGAUUUGGGAAGCAGAUUCAUAUGGGCAACAUAAAUAAUAUUUCUGUCUAACCAGAGUAACACACAUUAACCAUUGUUUGUUUGUUAACUAAUUUGGAUGCAGAACUUGUAUGUUUUGUGCGACUAAUCUGCUUGAAAUUCUAUCGAAUUUAUUUUCAUCUGGUUUCGAUUUUGAGUCUAUCACACGAAUUAAUUCGGACUUGCAAAUUUACACAUUAAUUUCUGUUUUUGUUUUCCUCUUUUUGCUAAAAGACCUUAAUCAGGUUAGAUGGCAUAUUGAAUUUUACACCGAUGAAAACAAGGCUGUGAUGCAUAGACUUACCUCAGAGGCUUUACAGUAGCACACACUGUGACUAUACAAAUAUCAUGUAACAUCUUUUAAACUAUUUAUGAAGUUUUGUCUAUUGAAAAUUAUCUUCGGAAAUAAUUUUUGUGAGCACAUUGUUAAACAAUAGAUCAAUCGAUUAAACGCACUGCAUUGAAGUCCCUCACAGCCUCGUUUUCAUUCUGGUCAACAAUUAAAUAUGGCUUUACUCUCACUGAGGUGUAUAUCACAAUCAUUUUUAUAAAUCAGUGGCAUAUAUGUAUUUUUAAACUAUCUCGGUACGUUUCACGUACUGUGCCACGUCAUAUCAAUUAUUAAUUAAUUAAAGAUUUAAAAUCCUCUGCUAUUGCUUUUAACGCAAGAGAAAGUGUUUCUUUUACCGUGCACCUUUCCUAUAACCUUCAAACGGUCAUGCAGUCUUACUGUAAAAAAAUAAAUAAAAUAAAAAAGACGAACACUGGUUAAACCGAGCUAGAACAGAACAGCGUGGCCUGUCUAACGAAUAAUCAUACUGUCAAAUCCGAGUGUUUUGGACGGGGAGGUGGGUCUGAAUUGUCGCGGCGGGAAUUCGUAAAUUGUCUUCAAUUGCCUUUAAUGUACAGAGUGUAAAUUGAUUCGAGUGGCAAGUGUAAACGGCUCUACGGCGCCCCCUGGCUGCGUUAUGCCUUAGUCGUAAGUCUUUGAGAUCCGUAGCUUGUUUUUCGCGAAGCAAACGAGGAUGCGUUUACCUUGUCUGUUCUACUUUUAAAAUAAAAAAAAAAUAUCAUUACAUUGCUUUAAACUUAGUCCAUCUAAUUUCUUUCUUUUUUGUUUCGUUUUUUUGCUGUUGUGCCGACAAAACAAAGAACUCGUGAAUUCGUAAAAAUUUGCGUUCUUUCCUGACGGAGUUUGAAAUGCCACACAGUAUGUUUGUGUAAUUAUUUAUUUUGAUUUUAUAUAUUUAUGCAAGCUCACAGACAGUGUGGCGCGAUUAACUCUUUAGAUCAUGGCAAGGCACUUUUCUCUUUCUUUUGAGAUUUUUAAAGGGAUAAAAUGCGCUGCAAUACUUUGUUUUCUUUUGCAGUUUACUAAUAGUGUUCAAGUUUGUUACGUAAAUGUGGAAUUCUACCUGAUUUACAGAAGAAAAAUAUUUCUUAGGCUAGUACCAAAAAUCUCAAUGUUUUGUUAAAACUGUUUUUGUUGAAUGAAAUUAUGCAUUAAAGACUUUCAAAAUUGUA